CUUUGGUCGAGGUAUGAACAAGCCGAACUUGUUCGAACAUUUUUCUGCUGCUUUAGUGCAAGAGUGGAUCCCCAAACUGAAACGAUGUGAGGAGGUCAUCGCAGCUUACGGUAGUAACCAGCAGAUCGAGCUGGGUGUGUACGAACCAAGUCGACGAUGCUACAUCUCGACGGCGGCGAAAGGUAUGCAACGGACCGUUUUGUCUAUGCAUGUGACGAAAAUGGACGGCGGAAACGUCAUGGGAGAAAGUAGUGGCUUAAACGAGGGCGGUGGC